GCGCAACCGUGUGAGUCGGUUCCCAAAUCGGAACACCAAAUAGUAAAUACUAAUGCGCUUAACAAAAUAUCCAAAUUGCAAAAAUAAUAGUGCUAAGUUCAUAACGAGUAACGACAGUAUCCGAAUCAAAAUGUAACUCGAAUAAUUUAACCCUCGAACAGUAGUAACAAAACAGUUUGAGAGUUUACCAAAAAUGCAUUCGAUUGCAACGUAAAAAAUCGUAAAUCGUCUGUAAUCGUGUUGACGAUUACGAUAAAGUUCAGUCGUAUCGAUUUUUCGUCGUCACUACUCGGGAACAGCUGUUCGCCACUGCUGUUCGCAGGAUGCGAAGGAUGAGCCUACAUAUUCGUUAACUCGCUUCCCCAUACAUUUUCAUCAAUGUAAAAAUUUAAAAACAGUGUAAAAAGAUGCGAAGGAUGUUUAUUCGCCUUUGAGCCGGACAACGGAUAUUCGUGUUUAAUAAUACCCAGUGUUUAUCAAUGAAAAGUGUUGUGGAAAUCUUCUAGUGUGAAUACAAUUCCCCCGAAAGUGCAUAUUAUUCGAAGCAAACCAGUGUUUCGGUGAAAACCAAGUGUCCGACUAUACUCAGUGAAGUGUUUUCAAGAUUUAGUGUUUUGUGUUCAUAAUUUCGGAUUAUAAUCGUGGACGUGGAAUUAAUACUGGAAAUAAGGUGGUGAGGUGGUUCCCGGGGGGAGAUGCUGGGCGGGGCGGCGGGGGGCGCCCGCUCCCGCCCGCCCGCUGACCUCCACCAAGGUGGCCGGUUCCCGCUGUACUCGCUGUUCCCGAACCAGCCCGCGACCCGCGCCACGCAGGUUCAUAAAGUAACUGAGAGCCUGUUCAGCUCGGUGUCGUUCGGCGUGCCCACACCACCGCCUCACUCCCCUUACUCGUUGGAGCUGCUCGGCCAGCGUGUCCUUGUCGCUGACAAGGACACGAAUAAAAUGGAUGAGUCGAAACUCGGCAAAGCGUGUAUACCCGACCAGCUUUGCUGCCCGGACCAGCGGCUGUUGGAGGGAGUCGGCAUGAUGCAGCCUCUCACCAUCAAGACCGAGCAGAAGCGCGCCUGCAACACUUGCAUCACCGGCUCGCCGAAGAAGGUGAUCCACACAGACGGCGGCUGCAGUCGCACCAACCCCGUCACGUGGGUGGGAGUUGGGUCCAACGUGGUGGUGAAGCGCGAGCCGCACAUGCUGUCCGAGCUAGUCGUCAAGCUGGAGCAGGCGUCGCCCGGCACCAAGGAGCCCGCGAUACCCGCGUCCAUGAACAACAGUUCGAUUCCCGUGGGCAUAGCGGUGGCGCGGCAGAGGGUGGGCGACGCGGGCCUGCUCGCCGCGCUCUCGCACAAGGACAACCAGCGCCUUCAUGACAUGGACGCGGCGCAGGCGGCCAUGACGGUGGGCGUGGCCAACGUGCUGUGCGACGAUCGCCCCGGCCCGCUGGCGUGGCCCGCGCCCGCUCCCGCCCCGGCCGCGCCGCUGUGGCAGUACCCAGCCCAAAUGUCCAUGGAGAGCAUGAUGGUGGGCGGCGUGGGCGGAGUGGGUGGCGUGGGCGGCGUGGGCAUGGGCCCCGUGGGCAACAUGUCCUCAGUUGGGGGCUUCCAGCUAGUGAGGGAGCCGACUUCUGGUGCCCUGAUACUGCUACCAACACCGCCAGACCUCCCCCAUGCCGUGGUAUGGGGAGGGGUGCCGUAUCCCUCUGGUCCCCUCCUCCUACCACCAGCGCCUCACCCGUCCCACCACCUGCAGCUGCUGCCCGGGGAUCUCCUGGCGUCCACGGCGACGUUACAGCACACGCACACGCACUCGACUCGCCUCGUCACGCUGGCGCCUGCGCCGCCCCCGCCCCAGCAUCCAACACACACCGUCGACAAACGAAAACCAAUGAUGCAGCCGAUGAUAACUCCCCACGCUCUCAUAAAAAUAGAACCCGAGCCGCAGCCGGAGAAGCAGGCGACGUUCGCACCCGAUCCGGUUCACCAGCCUGUCGUGGUUCCGCAUAUGUAUUAUCAGCAGGAAUUUCCCGAGCAACCCUGUAGAAGUCAGGCAACGUCGCCGGCUGCACCCCCUACUCCGCCGCCGGAGGUGCCCGAAGCGCCUGCGCACAAGGACGCUUCGAAUCAAACUGAUCAUAUUGACGACGAGGACGAAUCGCCGAAUCAUGCUGAUGAAGAUGAGCGGGACAUCGCCUGUGUUGGUGUCGCCCAUUACCCGGAGGAACCAGUCCUUCAGUUGCAACCGUUGCAAGCCCCGCCCAUCGAUAGCGCCGAAGAUUCCUCAUCCGAAGCCAAUUCGGCCGUAAUUGGUGCUGUAGAGAAGGCUAUCGAUGUAAUGGAAAGAGAUGGAGCUAUAGAAAACUCCAAUAGUAGUGCUUCCAAUGAUUUGGUAAUAGACACAGCGAGCUCCUCCUCUCCCAUGGCUCCUCAGUCGCAGCGGCCGCCGGUAGAUGUUAGUGGAUUAGAGUUGCUCUCCAACAGUAUAGAACAGUACGAGAGAACCACACCACACAAUAACAUGCCUAAUAUGGAACCGAUGCCUUUGACGAUAGAUACGAGGUCAGCUAACAAAUUAAAUAUUCACAUAAAGACCUCUCCGAAGUCACCACCGGUAACGGAAGCUGAACCGCAAAGAAGGUUCGAGUUUGCAAGCUCCGAAAAUCAUAGUGAGAGAGAAAAACCUUCACUCGAUGGCUUAGGAUUGUUAUGUGCGUUAGCUGAGCAGCGGUUUAUGGAGGAGGUAGAAGUGAACCCGCAAAGUAAUAUAUCGUCUACUUCGAGACCUUUCAUCAAAACGGAGCCUCUACUAAGUCCAAACGAGAAGCCGAGAGAUAUUAGAAUGGAUCUUAAAAAGGAGCGACAUAGAGAUAGAGAAGAUUCAUCCGGCGAGAGAAGAAGAAAGCGAAGUCACGACAGGGAGGAGAGGUUGAGACAUAAGUUAGAAAAAAUGAGGCGUCACAAACGUGACAGGAAAGAUUGUGAGCGCGACGGCGGCGAGCUAGAAGCCAGCUUACGUCGCGUCACGGCCUGUUCUUGUGGUCUGCCAGAUUGCUCGCACUCGUCCUCCGUACCCUCAGCCCAGGCUCUAGUUAACGCCAUAGAAAAAGAUAUGCGCGAGCGCUUACAAGACCUACAACGACAGUGUGACGAAAAGAGAGCACAACUAAACGCCUUGACACCUCCGUUACCACCUCUUUCGACGCCAUCCACACCUGAUACUCCCGCCUUGUCGCCUGAUUCAGACCGAGGUUCGUCCAAAAAGAGAAAAGUCGGUCGACCCAGAAAAGUAUCUAGCCCAGAAUCCACCGAGACUAUUGUGGCCAAGAAACCUAAGUCGAAGAAUACUCUCGUAGGCUAUUUACUAGCGAAAGGUAAAUUAAAGGGCAAUAUUUUGUAUUCCAAGGGUGAACCUUCGAGAGAAGAUGGGAAUAGGACGAGUAAAGUUCGACCCAAAUUAAAAGCGGAACCGAUAUUGAAACCUUACUCCGAGGAGGAAGAAAACGAAUGGGGCCUUAACAGAUCGGCGAGCUCGUCGAUGGAAAGUCUGAACGAAGUGAGACAGAAGAAUAGGGAGAAAGUUGAUAAGUUAGUACGAAAACAUUCUAGAGAUGAUAUGUCCGAAAUUGAGCUAGCGAUUCGUCGAGCUAGUGCGUCUAGCGAGAGCGAUAAAGACAGGCAUCAUGCUAAAAAACGACGGAAGAGUUCCAAAUCGGGAGAAAGGAAAGAGGAAAAGGAUACGGCAAUCAAAACGGAGAAUGAUACUCAACCCCAGCAAAUAUCUAGAUGUACUCUAACAGACGACAACAUAGAUUCUUCGCCACGCGUACUUACGGCUAGAGGAGGGUUGUUCUACGCGGGGAAACUGAGUGCGGUACAAGCGCCUGAUGUGUACGCCAUCACCUUAGACGGGGAGAGAGGGAAUAAACCGCACAUAUUGUCGAGAGAAGAAACAUUGAAAGACGCCAUUCUUGAAGUAUGUCCAUCAUCAGUGCAAGAGUUACCAUCGGGCACACGAGUCUGCGCGUACUGGUCCCAGCAGUAUCGGUGUCUAUAUCCCGGGACAGUCGCGGUAUCCUCCCCAGACCCUCACGAUGACAAGUUCGUAGCUGUGGAGUUUGAUGAUGGAGACUCUGGACGAAUAGCCAUUGAGGAUAUACGCUUCUUGGAACCGAAUUAUCCUAUUGUUGAAUACGAAAAUACGUUAUUUACGCUCGGCAAAAGAAGAAGAAAUACAAGCGUUACGGACGAUAAGAAAGGCGCUACAGCAACAACCAGUAGCGAAAAAGUUGAUACAAUUCCAAAAUCUAAAUCCGAAGACGAGGACAGACAAAACAAAGACAGGAAAAAGCUGAAGAAACAUCGCAAAGAAAAACUGAGACGUAUGACAAGUGACGAAGACCCAAAUUCGAUUGAAUACGUCAAGAAAAAGAAGAAAAAACACAAGUGCUGUGAGGAACACUGUAAGCACAGAAGACAUCACAAAAAGAGGCACAGGAAACACAAGAGAAGACACCACGAGUGCAAAGAACAUUCUAGCUCAUCUGGUGAAGAUAAGGGACAGAAAUCGUCUUCCGAUUACAUAGACUCGAACAAAUCUAAUGAUGACUCGGUUGAUUCCAAUGAUAAACUAUCAACACUCAUAGCUGUUGAGAAAUCGCCCAACGAUCAAAUGAAAACGGUUAUCAAAAAGGCAGUCCUACCCAAGAAGAGCCUGGUCAAGAAUGCGAUUCUUGACUUCAGUAACAUAGGCAAGAUUACGUUUAGCAAUAGCUUAUCGACAGAAAAAGACAAUUUAAAAGACAGUGGAAUAGCUCUAGAAGAAGACAGCCCUGCUGGACCUUCUACAAGUGAUGUUCUAAAGAAGAAGGCGAAGAGGCGGACCGUGUCAGCGUCGUCGGACGGCGUUACCGGGGGCGCAGGAGUGAGCAAGAUGGCGGCGUUUCUGCCCGGCGGCGCGCUGUGGCGGUGGCAUGGACCCGCCUACCGGCGGCUCGCGCGCAUGCGACAACGCAAGACCUUCUACCGCGCGAUACAGCGCGGCGAGGAGAUAUUGCACGUGGGAGACGCAGCUGUAUUCCUGUCGACGGGCCGCGCGGACCGGCCGUACAUAGGCCGUAUAGUGGCGCUGUGGGAGGCGCGGGGGGCCAUGGCGGUGCGCGUGGAGUGGUUCUACCACCCUGAGGAGACGCAUGGCUGCGAGCCGCUGAAAUACCCGGGAGGUCUCUUCGAGUCGCCGCACACAGACGAGAACGACGUGCAGACGAUAUCGCAUAAAUGCGAGGUGUUACCUCUGGCGCAGUACCAGGCGCGCAUGGGCGACGACCCGGCGCGCUACAACACAGUAUACGACAAUAACGACGUGUACUACCUGGCAGGACACUAUGACCCAACGCCGCAGACUCUGCGAAUGCAGCCAGACGUGCCGUUCGCCUCAUAAGUCAUGCUGUCCUGGUAGUUGGGCUGGACCCACGACCGAAUCAGUGAAAGGAUAGACAGAUAGAAGACCGAACCAGUGAAAGGAUAGACAGGGAUAGACGUUGAAGUGAAUAUGUGUGAUUCGGGACGAAUGUGUUGGUGCAAUACAGACAAUAGUGCAAUCGAACGAUAUUGAUCAUAGGCAGCGUACAUACUGUAAAUAAUAUAACGAAUUUAAAUGUCUUUAAGACGAUAGUGUAAUCGGUGUUAGUGUUCAGUAGACGCCAUUAGCUUGACCAGGAUGACAGAAAACCAGAAAAUACAUUU